GCACCCUUAUUCUUCAAACAACUGCAAAAAAAGAAGAAAGAGACGUUGGACUUAAUUGGCAUAAAUUGUUUCAAACAAUUGUUUUCUUAGGUGCCAUUGCUGGAUUUACGAUUAUUAUUACUCAUAAAAAUAAUCUUGGAAAAGAUCAUUUCACAUCUGCUCAUGGAAAAGCUGGGUUGCUUACAUUUUCUUUUAUUCUAAUCCAAGCUAUUGCUGGCUCAACAUUGGUCAACUUUCCCGGUGUUGUCGGAGGUCCAGCAAAGGCAGUAAGAAUGUAUAAAUAUCAUAGAUUUUCUGGAUAUUUUUUAUUAACUUUAAUUUAUGUUACCGCCCUUGGAGGUACUCAAGUUGAUUGGACCAGAUCACAAUUUGAUCAUCUUUGGGUUUGGUUAUUAGCUACAGGUUUAGUAUUUAUUGGAAUUAUCGGUAGAACAAAAGCUA